AACCCCACGUGUUGUGCUGUUUGACGUGCUUUGCGGAGAGCGAUCCGUGUGAACUGUGCCCUCCUCCCGGGCUCCUCUCUUUCUCAGAUACCGUUUCCUCCGCGCACACCGGGGGGCCGCGCGCAGACACACACACACACACACACGUCACCGCUGUCAGUCCGCCGCCACCGCUCGUCACAUUGCUGGGUUUCAGUUCGGUUGAGAUGCUGCUCAGACCCGCAGCCUCCUCACAGAGAACCGCGUUUUCUCGUCUUUCCUACAGCGACUACUGGUGAAGCCAAACAAGGGAAUGAAUCACGGAAAGCGACAGUUUAAAGGCGGAAAGAAGGAGAAGACGUCGCCAGAAUGACCCCUGUCAAAGAGACGCGUUUUCUGCGCUCGUGAAGCUCAUCCAGCGGAUUCAAAGGGGCGCGCGGGCAGCACAACCAGCCGUCAAUCAUGCCGGUGCGACGGGGUCACGUCGCGCCACAGAACACCUUUCUCGGGAUAAUUAUCCGCAAAUUCGAGGGUCAAAACAAAAGAUUUGUCAUCGCCAACGCACGUGUCCAGAACUGUGCCAUCAUCUACUGCAAUGAUGCCUUCUGUGAGAUGACAGGGUUUUCCCGGCCGGACGUCAUGCAGAAGCCAUGCACCUGUGACUUUCUGCACGGACAGCUGACCAAGCGGCACGCUAUUGCACAGGUAGCGCAGGCUCUCAUGGGCUCGGAGGAGCGUAAAGUGGAGAUCACCUACCACCGCAAGGACGGAUCAGACUUUCUGUGUGCGACACACAUCAUUCCAGUGAAGAACCAGGAGGGUGUUGUUAUGAUGUUCAUCUUGAGCUUCGAUUAUGUGCUGAAGGAGGGCAGCAUGGAUUCAUUAGACCGACUCAACCACACCUCCCCAGCCAGACAAGAACAAAAAAAAGGACGCUUCUUCCGUUUUCGUCUGCCUGCGCCACUAAGCAUGCUGGGAGUCAGCAAGCAAUCGCUCCCUCAGGAAGACCCGGACGAGGUAACCAUCCAUUCGGCUGAUCAAAACGAGAAACACUCUUCCUGCUCGUCCUCUCUUUCUCUGUCCCUUUCUCCACGUGAGCUCCACCCACCCACCGGCGAGAGCUGUAGCCCCUCCUACGGAAACGACACCCGUGCUCUGAUUGGCCAGAGUUAUCUUGGGUCUUGCUCGCCCAUCUCAGGGCCACAGGAUCACUCAUCUCCACGGGGCCCCUGGGAGCGUGUGGACCCUCAGGAGUCACUCGCCACUGCGUCCAGGAGAGCAUCACGGGCCAGUAUGUGCACAUUCAGGAGAGCAUCUUCUACACAAGAUUUAGAAGGACUCAGCACACACACACAGAGGACAUACCGCGACCGCCACGCUAGCGAAGAUAAUGGCCGUAGUAUUAAAGUGUCGCGCUCUUGGAUGGCUGGGGGUCCAUUUAAUCAGAUCAAGUCCAGCCUCCUGGGCUCCACGUCUGACUCAAACCUGACCAAGUACAGCACCAUCAACAAGAUCCCACUCAUCACUCUCAACUUCUCAGAAACCAACCAUGACAAGCGGCCAUCAUCUCCACAUUCCUCCGAGAAAACCAUCAUCGCACCAAAGGUCAAGGAUCGAACACAUAACGUCACAGACAAAGUCACACAGGUGUUGUCGCUAGGCGCCGAUGUGCUUCCCGAGUAUAAACUUCAGACGCCCCGCAUCAACAAGCUGACCAUCUUGCACUACAGCCCCUUUAAGGCGGUCUGGGAUUGGCUGAUCCUGCUGCUGGUCAUCUACACUGCCAUUUUCACUCCCUACAGCGCGGCCUUCCUGCUCAAUGACCCGGAGGAGGAGAAGAGGCGUGAGUGCGGUUAUUCCUGCAGUCCCCUCAAUGUGGUGGACCUCAUAGUGGACAUUAUGUUUAUCGUAGACAUUCUUAUCAAUUUCCGGACUACGUACAUCAACGCCAACGAGGAGGUGGUCAGUCAUCCGGCUAAGAUAGCAGUGCAUUACUUUAAAGGGUGGUUCUUCAUAGACAUGGUUGCUGCCAUACCCUUUGACCUGCUCAUAUUUGAGGGCGGAUCAGAUGAGACCACUACUCUGAUUGGCCUGUUGAAGACUGCUCGACUGCUCCGAUUGGUCCGUGUGGCUCGCAAGCUGGAUCGAUACUCCGAGUAUGGGGCGGCUGUUCUAAUGCUCCUCAUGUGUAUCUUUGCACUGAUUGCCCAUUGGUUGGCUUGCAUAUGGUAUGCGAUCGGCAAUGUGGAGAGGCUCUAUCUGGACCACACCAUUGGCUGGUUGGAUAAUUUGGGCAUAUCCAUCGGCAAGCAGUACAACAUAAGUGAUGAUGCCUCAGGCCCCUCUAUCAGGGACAAGUACGUGACAGCGCUGUAUUUCACAUUCAGCAGUCUGACCAGUGUGGGCUUCGGAAAUGUAUCACCAAAUACAAACUCAGAGAAGAUCUUCUCCAUCUGUGUCAUGCUCAUUGGCUCUCUGAUGUAUGCUAGUAUCUUCGGGAAUGUGUCCGCUAUCAUUCAGCGAUUGUACUCUGGAACAGCUCGGUACCAUCUGCAGAUGCUUCGGGUCAAAGAAUUCAUUCGCUUCCAUCAGAUCCCCAACCCGCUGAGACAAAGACUCGAGGAGUACUUCCAGCACGCUUGGACAUACACCAACGGCAUCGACAUGAACAUGGAGGUAUUGAAGGGUUUUCCAGAGUGCCUGCAGGCUGAUAUCUGUCUCCACCUGAAUAAAACGUUGCUCCAGAGCUGCAAGGCCUUUCGUGGAGCGACCAAAGGUUGCCUUCGGGCACUGGCGAUGCGCUUUAAGACCACCCAUGCCCCACCGGGUGACACUCUGGUGCAUGGUGGGGAUGUUCUCACUGCCCUCUACUUUCUCGCCAGAGGGUCUAUCGAGAUCCUCAGAGAUGACAUUGUGGUGGCCAUCUUGGGUAAGAAUGAUAUUUUUGGAGAGAUGAUUCAUCUCUACGCCAAGCCCGGGAAAGCCAACGCAGAUGUUCGAGCGCUGAGCUACUGCGACCUGCACACCAUCAACAGAGAGGAUCUGCUGGAGGUUCUGGACAUGUAUCCUGAAUUCUCCGACUACUUCCUGUCCAAUCUGGAGCUCACGUUCAACCUGCGGGAUGAAAACAGCAAGGACACCACGGCUCCCCAGAGGACCCUGUACACUGCUGUGAGUGACUCCGACACUGAAGACCCUGAUGUGAGGAAGAGGAGACGCUCCACAGAUUCUCCAAUCAGGCCAAGCCGCUCCGACAGGGAAAGAGUAAGAGAUCGAGAGCUUCACACACUGCCAGGAAAAGAGGAGGAGGAAGAGGAUGAGGAAGAGACAUCAAGGCCUUUGGGUUUGGGUCAAUCUCUUCCUGUCAACCUGAACACCAUGCCUGACCCACACACUAAAGACUGUGUUGAAAACAAUCUGUUUCAGAAAGAUGUGUGUGUUGAAGAAUGGCCUUGUGGGAAUGCAGAUGACUCAGCGAAAUCUCAGGACAGAGAAGGAGGAGACGACUGCGAAAGCGACAUCACGUUCGGCGAAAUGGAGCAACGACUGGAUCUACUGCAGGAAAACCUGAACAGGCUGGAAGCGCAGAUGACUUCAGACAUCCAGGCGGUUUUGCAGCUGCUCCAGAGGCAGAGCGCUCUGGGUCCUCCAGCGUACAGCACUGUAGCCGUCAGCCCAGAGUACCAGAAGCCCAUACAGCCCGUCACUGCCAUACAGACACAGAGUCCUGAUCUAGAGAACGCCAAAGACUCCAGGCCUGCUGUUCCCAUAGAGACGACCUCUGAUGUCACCGCGGCGACUCCACUAGUGACGGACACACAGUGGGAGGCGGAGCUUGGGCUGAAGCCUGCGGAGAACGAGGCGUCUGCGUCACAGCAGCCCAGAGCGCUCCAGAUGUCCAUCAGACAGGCAUCUCUCCCAGAUUCAGCACCCGCUGCAGGCCACACACCCGCUCUCCACAGGCCCUCCUCUGAUCCCGGCCUUCCAGGGCAGUAACAUAUCGUUUCAAUCAUCACUAAAGCAGAAAAAUCCUAGAACAACUCCAAUCCAACAGCAAGAGCAAUGUUUAUUGAUGAGGUCUGAGUAAUAAUAAUAAUGAGUUCUGAUAUUUUGAGCAAGAAAGCCUCAUAGAGGAGUUACUAUGCAUAGACAGUAAACUCAACCUCCACCCUUCUAAGUAACAGCAUCUAAGGCUUGACUCAGGGUAGAGAACGCGAAACUGAAGAGUCAUAUGCAAACAAGCUUCCACGUCCCUUAUAGAUGGACCAUAGGAGUCAAACAAAAGCAGAAUCCAUGCAUUCAUAUGAAUCACUUGUUCAUUUUGUAAAUAUAUAAACGGAAAAGUGUUCAGACAGUAACAUACUGGACACACAACCAUAAAGAUAAUGAAAGAUGCAUGCUGGGGGGAAAAAUGCAGUGUUUGUUUAUUUUUUUGCAUGUUUCUUUAAAAGAAAAAAUAAUCAAGUGACAUGCGCUCGUUUUUUUUUGUCCUUAUAUCAUCUAUUUGAGAUUUCUGUAUGUAUUCGCUUAACUCUGAAUUUCCUGGUAUUCAGGAUGAAUCUUUACUUGAACUGAACUCUGCAAAGCAAAGCGUCAUGGUGAAAACUCAUCUCAGAAGAUCACAUUAUUCCGCCCAUACUAUCAAAUUUCCACAGGAGCGUGCUCCACGGACACAAUGUCCCUUCAGAGCUAACUUCACCCUGUGACAUUGUCAGUAUUGCAAUAUCAUGUCUCAGUAUUGAACGUUGUUGGUCCAAGUGUGUGUCACCAUAUUUUUUGGCCCUCAUUCUGGGUAAUUCAGACCACGGUUGAGUGCUCGGCCACCCCUGACACAUUUUAAACACUUAGGGUGUGUUUGCACUUGGCAGGUUUGGUUCAAUUAAAAUGAGCUCUAGAGCGAUUGCUCUGAUAGUGUGCUUCAGUUGAUUAAGUGUGAACAGUGCCAUCUGAACCCUGAUAUACACCAAAUUAUUUUACCAACAGUCCUGAAUAGAUCAGUCUUGGGCCACUUCCAAACAAACUCUGGAGAGGUUAGUCUGAAAGGGUUGUCACGAUACUGGAAUUCGAUAACUUUUGGUACUGAAAUUUUAAAAAACAAACAUUUUAUUUGCCAUUGUGUUCAGAUGCUCAACCGAAUUGACUGUGAUCGGCCGUGAAGGUCAUCGUUUUAAAGUCAUGUCGAUCAGCUGGUUUGUCUAGAAGCUGACAUACGAGCAAUCGCUGAUGAAUCACGGCUUUAAAACGCUCCAGUGUCCCUGUAUCUGUGGUUACACUCAGUAAACAGUCAUGAGUUUGGUGAACAAAUGACCUUUAUGGCCAAUCACAGUCAUUUCUGUUGAGCAUGUGAACACAAUGGCAAAUCAGCAGUGUUUAUGAAUGUGCUCAACAUCGCACUUAAAUGUUCACGGGAAAAGGACGUUUUUAAAAUACGAUUGGUAUCGAAUUACAAUAUCUCUGACAAUCCUAGUCUGAAAUAAGAACGAGAAACAGAUCAAAGGCAUCUAUAGGACACACCAAGCUGACGGUUGGCCAUUGGGCAGGUUUUGGGUUAUCAUUUUUUUGAGUGUACUGUACGUCUCGUCAGGCUUACGUCAGGGAAAGUUUGUCUGAUCCAGCAUGUAGAAUCAGCAAUCUGAUUGGCUGUUCAGC